CAACGCUGUGUUGGCAUGUUUCAUAGCGUAUUCCAAGUAAUUCAGUACUAGUCUACCAGAGGUAUUUGUGUGUGAAGGGUGUUGGGGUGUCAUCAAAAAGGGAAACUGGUGGGAGUUGACAAAUUAAAUAAUAUCAGCAAAACAGGAUAAACUAAUAGCAAUCGAUACAAAGGAUUUGCAAAAUGGCUUGGUAAAUAAGGACAUCCUGUAUUUAUUUUUUAAAACGACAAUGGCUUUGCUGGAAUAAAAUUCCGAAUAAAAUGUUUCAGAGAGUUCGAAGGAAAAGGUCGCCGACCACGAACAACGUUACGUCGUGUAGUGCAACCAGUGGAGUAGGCGCCGGUGGUUUAACUGUCGAUCCAGGAGUGGGCUCGGUUAGUCGGCUGCUGCCUAUGAAAGCUAUCGUUCCGUUUCACCUAAACCCUCAAUCGCAUCCUUCCCUGAUAAAGAAGUCUGCACAUGGUGUUUUUAGCAGCCCCACUCGCGGCGGCGGCAGCAGCAGCAAUAACAGUAAAAGCGACGCGAAGUGCACGCGCGCGUCCACGUCACGCGCUCGCAGCCCAGCUCGUGCGAUCCCCGACGCUCCCAUUCAUUCUGCGCUCUCCAUCUCCACCAUCGGCAGCCUUGCUUUCGCCGUUGCCACGCAGACUGUGACAUCUUCAUCGUCAUCUUCGUCACCGUCACCCAGAGGUAGCCCCUUGCUCCGGCUUUCCACGCAAGACACGGUCGCAACACUUAAGGCGCAGUCGUCACUUGCAGCAGCCGCACCGCCGCAGCAAUUUGCUGCUCGUUCGCCGCAAAACGUCCACACCUACGGCAACAUCAGCACCGCCUCCCCAUUUUUCAUACCCGGAGGCACCCUUUCUUCUUUCCCCAUCGAGCAGCUGUGCUGUCUGCUCACCAUUCCGGUGUUGAUAACCCAAUUGCAAUCAACGCAUUCAUCAUCUUCACCAUCCCUAUCCUCCUCAUCAUCAUCCUCAGGUGGCACCCGAGGAAGACUGCAGUACUUGCCAGAACACGACAGACAAUCACCAGGCAGACGAAGCCUCAUUUCCCCAAUCUGCAAAGAGAGGGCCAAGCAGACUCCCGCGGCUCUUUCGCCGGCCUGCCCCGUGGGCAGUGGGCUCCGCUGCGCCUCCUCGCUGGAUACACUCACUGGUUCUUACCUGGCGGGGCACUGGCCUCGGGACGGCAGCAGCAUCCAGUGUGCACCCUGCAUGCGGGACAAGGCCACUCAGACCCCCAAAGCCUGGGCAGAUGAGUGUUCGGAGAAGAGGAGGAGCUCCCACAAGCGCUCGGCCUCCUGGGGGAGCACCGACCAGCUUAAGGAGAUCGCUAAGCUGCGGCAGCAGCUACAGCGCAGCAAACACAACAGCCGGCGGCACCGUGACAAGGAGCGCAAGUCCGCCUUCAACGGCAACCAUGUGGUGAUCAGCCAGGCACAGGCACCGGUGACGAAGACCUUUCUGAUCCCGGUGCCGAAAUCGACGGGGUCCCGCUUCAGGAACAGCAUGGAGGGGCUGAACCAGGAGAUCGAGCGCAUCAUCAUCCGGGACUCCACCGAGCGUGAUGAGCAGCUCGUACCCCAGGACAUCCCAGAUGGCCACCGCGCUCCCCCGCCUGUAGCGCAACGCAGUAGUAGCACUCGCAGUAUUGACACGCAGACCCCUUCUGGCGGAGGAGGGGGCGGAGGCACUAACCAUAGCAACAGCAGCAGCCGAUCUCAGUCCAUCUCGCCGGCCUUCCUUGCCGUGGCCAACGACACUGGGGGCCAGAGUCCGUGCCCGAGCGUGGACCUCCUGAGCGACUGCAGGGCCAGUACCCACAAAGACCUGGAUGGCAGCUCCCCUGUGCCCAAAUACGCCUUCUCGCCGAGACCCAACAAUAGCUACAUGUUCAAGCGGGAGCCUCCUGAGGGCUGCGAGCGGAUCAAGGCCUUUGAGGAAACGCUGCCCAGGUUGCCCCGAGACAUCCCACAGUUCCUGUGCCCUGACAGGAACAAGGUCAACUUCAUCCCUAAGAGUGGCUCCGCCUUCUGCCUGGUCAGCAUCCUCAAGCCCCUGCUGCCCACCCAGGAGUUGACCUUCAAGAGCUCGGGCAGCUUGGCCAUGCGCAGCCUGUCGCCCUCGCCCGGCUUGCAGCUUGGCCUGGAGCAGGAGCAGCGGGUGUCCCGAGGCACCUGCACCUCCGCCCCGCAGCCCUGCCUCCCCUUCCACCCGGAGGAGCCCGAGAGCUAAAGUCCAGCGUCUCUCCACUUCAGUCUACUUCUAAGUUUUGUUUUCUACUUUGACAGUCCUGUUAAAAACCACCUUCUCUCCCUCUUCCAGAGAAGAAGGGAAAACAGCUUCUGCUAUGCGGCCUUAUUUUUUCGCUCAAAAAGCAGACAUCAGUUAUGUGGUGGUGGGGGGGGGGGGUUCCCGUCGUUAGUGGUGAUUGAGGGAACAGCGGUGACAUGGUGAAUAAGGUGACACUUUAUUGGUCGUUUUUGGUCAUUAUGGCAACCUGAGAGCCUGUGAAAAGAGAGAAACAAGCAUAGAGUGACAUUCUGCUGUGGAGGCUUUUGACGCAAAUGUGCAUAUAUUUUUUUUUCUUGCAUUUACAAGUAGCUAAAGAAAUAAGCUUGUAUCUUUUUUAGGGUUGAUCUUCUAGACCAAGAAACUUGAGAUAUAGGCAAAAUCCAGGUUGAUGAAGGUCUUUCCAGUUCAUGAUCACGUCACUCCACCAUUCUCGAGCGUGUACAUAGAGUGUGAAGCGUGAGCAGAAAUGUCCCCGUCAUGGAGUGGCCGUCAGCAGCAGGCUGAUUCCUGGGCUCCAUAGCAAACAUUCCCCGCUGGGCCGAAGAUUCACUCUCCCAGCCACACCAAAGAAUCCCAGAUUAUAAUGGCCUUGUUGAUUACGCUGACAUGAGCUGAAAAAUCCUGAAAAAUGGUGCUUUCACUUUUAGUAGCAGACUACACGUAUAAGUUAAAUUAGGCAGCAUUCAAGGGGGGUGUUGUUGCAGCUGAAAGUUAUUGUUAAGUGAAAAGAACUGAAGUGAAGCUUGACGUAAUGAAUUAGUUAAUAUAUACCAUCUCAUAUCUGAAGGUUGUAUUUGUUAAAAGAUCCAGCUGUUUUUUCCCUUGCGGACGUACUGUGGCAAACGUGCCAGACUUCACUGACUUAUUUUACUUCACUGGCACCUUUCAUGUGAUUUAAAAUCCUGUUGUGUGAGCCAGCAAAGGCUGUCAAGUCUGUCACUAAAAACAACCCCAGACAUGCUUUCAGCUGCAGCAUUGUGAUGCUCACAAAGGCCAAAGUGCCCAAGCCACUGAGCAGACCCCACCCCCACGCGUGGAGCGUCCUCUGUAUUUGCCCUGAAAUGUUACCUCGUGUUGUGUUAAGGACACAGGAAGCAGUGGAGCCCGGAGUUAAAUCACUGAGUUAAAUCACUGAGUACCCAAGAAAUGCUGUUACACUCUACACAGCUGUGUAAAGACUCCCAGCACCGUGUGCUAAUUGGCAAAUGAUUAAGUGACUUUUUCUAAAAGUGAGGAAAAUGUACCCCUGUAUUCAUGUGGGCACUGCAGUGACCACCGUUUAAUUUUCCAUCCAGAGUGCUGUGGAGGCACCUUAGUGGGCUGCAGGCACAUAACCCGGCUUAGCAGGAAAUAUCUAUGGCCGUGGGGGGAGGGGGGAAGCAGUAAAUUUCAGAGUUCCUGACCACUUUCAGCUGUCAGUAAUUGGCCUGUUUUGACUCAUUAAGGUGGUGUUAUUUUCUGCCCAAUCCUGGGCUAAUCAUAGAGCACAGACAGACAGCAGCAUAAGUCAGACCACGCAGAUGUAUGUAUGGGGGGGGGGGACACAACCAGAGGCAGAGAGUUCAGGUCCAGAAAGUAUAAAUCCAGACCAAGAUUUUGUUUCAACCAACCGAUUGAACAUAGAGUCACAGUCACAGAGUACUCAACUGGUUGGUUGAAUCAAAAUCUUGGUCUGGACUUGUAAUUUCUGGACCUGAACUUUCCACCUCUGGACAAAACCUGCAAAACCCAGCAAGGCUGUGGUCUCUGUAGCACGAUUUGUGAUUUACGAUGGGAGACUCGGGUGAGGGGGCAGGAAGAGGCUGCAGAGUCAUCACCUGCGUAACAAAUGCAUGACAGGUAGCUGUGACGGUGGGGAAAACGCACGGGCCUCGUACUACGUGACUGUUCGACUUUGCCACUGUGAGCGAUGCGCGCCUGCUGGACUCAAGCUCUCCAGUUACCGGGUACCAGUAGUUAGCAGCCACACCAGCAGCACGGGGGAGCCGAGGGUCCGCGGGCAGCAUCCUUGUCAGUUCGAUACUGUGGUCGCCAUCCAUACUUUUAUAAGAGUGCAGCUCCUCAGGUGUCUCGCCGGGAGGCUGCUGUCUCACACACACACACACACACACACACACCUCGGCCUGAAGUAGCAUUGCAGAGAGGCACGUGCUUCUCUGCCGCAGCUGAUUGCCUGUGACGUUACUGUCAUGAUGAACAUCAUGUACUAUAGGAGUUACUUGAAUUUAACUCUUUUUUCAGUGUUUUGCGUCUAGUGUCAUCCUAAAAACAGAUCAUUAACAGCAGCCUGUUUUUCUUUUUGUUCACUUUUCAACUGCAACUGCUCAUGUAGUUCUGGACUCAGGAAUGUAAAAAAAAUUCUUUUUUUUUUUUCCUCUUCCAAAUGUAUAUGUCUAUACAGUAUAUUAGCAGGACGACUUACUCUCUCAGUAGAUAGUUACUGUAUUGUGUUCACAUAGCGUCUUGCCCUGGGACUCAAAAAAAAAAACAAAAAAAACAAACAGCCUGUUUUUAUCGUCCAUUUACAUGUCGUUUCGUUUUGGCCUCCAGCAGGUGUCGCUGGGCAGAGUGAGUAAGAGUUAUAGGUGUGAAGCUGGUAGCAGGUAGCGAUACUCUGUACAGAUGACUAGUCUCGGUUGUGAAGCACGUGAAGAAGCGAAUAGAGACCGCACUUGGGAAAAAUGGGAUGGGUUGUUGUAUUGUUAUAGUUUGUGACUGCAAGCUUUUUCCUCAGCUAUUUUGUAUUUAUCCUUGCUAUCGAGUGUAAAUAAACCGAGGCUGCCUGUAUGCUGUAAACAUAUUAAACAUAUUAAAAAUGAAUUUGUUUAAAAGGA